GUUUCAAGUCACACAGCUGAAUGCCAAAUUGCCUUCCACUAUCAAGAGAUAGCCAGUCUGCAGGAUGGAGACCCAGGAGGAAUGACAACAGUCUCUUCCCCUGCCCGACAUUCGGAGAAAAUGCACUGGACAGGUGGAUACGUUUUUGUGGUCAUGGUGUCCCUUAUCGCCUCUCACACCGCCGGGGCCUUAUCGGUGGACACAGAUGGAAACAGUACAAAAACCGGCAAUGUGACAGACGGUGGAUUCGUCCCAGUUGUGUUCACAAAAGUGAGCCAGAUAAUUGCCCGGGAGGGGAGCUGCGCGCUGAUUGAUUGCAAUGUCACCGGAGACCCGUUCCCCAGAGUUCAGUGGUUCAACUCCCAUGGAGACCGUCUGGACACGGAGACGAGUGGUGGGAAGUGGUGGCUGCUGGACAACGGUGUCCUCAACAUCACCAGCAUCGAGUUUGCGGACCGUGGAAAGUACACUUGCAUGGCGUCUAACGUGCAUGGCAGCUCCAACUGCACGGUGACACUGCGUGUGGUCUUCACUAAUGGUGACAUGGGUGUGUACUACAUGGUGGUGUGUCUGGUCACCUUCACCAUCAUCAUGGCCCUGAAUGUCACACGCCUCUGCAUGAUGAGCAGCCACCUGAAGAAGACGGAGAAAGCCAUCAACGAGUUCUUCCGCACUGAGGGCGCUGAGAAGCUGCAGAAGGCCUUCGAGAUUGCCAAGAGGAUCCCCAUCAUCACCUCGGCCAAGACACUGGAGUUAGCAAAGGUGACGCAGUUCAAGACCAUGGAGUUUGCUCGGUACAUUGAGGAGCUUGCUCGCAGCAUCCCGCUGCCACCGCUCAUCAUGAACUGCCGCACCUUCAUGGAGGAGAUCCUGGAGGUGGUCGGAGUGGAGGAGAUGAGGCACACUUUUGUCCGUCAAGCACCCGAGGGCCGGCGUGAGGCAGCGGGCAGGGUCGCCUCCAUUGGGGCGAGAGACGUCUUCACCAUCCUGCAGGAGAGGGAGAGAGAGCGAGGCCGGGAGAGGGAGCGCAGCGAUUCCCCCGCCGCUGACUCAGACAACUCCUCGGUUCAGGAGCAGCCGCAACACAUCGCCAUUCAGGUGUCGGUCCACCCGCCGCUUGCCGCCGGAGGUUACUGCAGCAUUGAAGCUCCACCUCAGCCAGAGGCCACCCCCUCCUCUCCUCCCCCAUCCUCCCCCCCAUCGCUCACUCCUCUUCACCAUGACGAGAAACCCGAGGCUGAGGGCGAGCAGAACGCCGAACAGGCCGCCCCUGAACCGACGGCAAAUAAGACCCCUCCCUGCCAGGUGUUUUAUGAGAGCCAUGUGUGAUGAAACAAACAAACCCUGGAGGAACGAUGAGUUAUCCUGCUAUGCAUUUUCACUUGAAGACAAGAAAAGGUCCACUAAACAUUUUUAAUUUGACAUUUUGGAGAGAAACAAUCACAUUUUUAUUUAUCUUUUCUGAAUGGAACAAUCUCUUUAAAUCUUUGUAGACUGUCCUACUGAGAAUUAACCAUAAGGUUUUUAGACACUUGAGCAUUUUUUUUCCUCACUCUGGUCUUUUCAUGUCUGAAUGUACAUGGGAGGGGUAAUCUAUGUUAUUAUUCAUGUAAUAAGCAGUGAAUUGUAAAGGGAAAUUUCCUUUGUUGAGAUUUUCAUAGCUCAGAUGAUUAUUUAAAGGAUGAGGGUAGAGUUCUUAAGUUUUGGGGGGAUGAUUUUUUCAGUUUUUAGUUUCUUACAGUUCUAGGGUUUUUAAGACUAACUUCAGAAAUCUGCCUCAAGCUGCUCUUCAUGCCGUUUUUCCAAACCAUGACAGAAAAGCCUCCUUUAUUUGCUCAAGAAUUCACAUCCAGCUACUGUUACAGCCAAUCCGCUGUUAUUGUACAACAUCCUGCUUGCCUAGAGAUGCAUGCUGGACUGAAAUAAAAAAUUUGAGCGCUUGGUCGCAGUGACAUGAUUGUACGGCCUACUGCAUUUCUAUAAACAACUAGUAAGCCAGGUAAACCUCUGAGUGUACAGUAAAUUUCCUGAUUGGGUCCCAUUUACACACACCUCUGGGAAGAGUUCAUAUGCUUCCUUAGAGAUAUUUAAAAAGUAUUAUUAUAUUAUUACCCAUUGUGGUGUGAUUUUUGUUUUUCAGCUAGUUUAAGUAGUUUUUAAAAAGUCGUUUGUCUUUUUUCUCCUCAGUAGAGAGGAGCAGAUUCUUUUCCUCUAUCAUGUCCUGUUUUAGGUUUUUAAUUUGAAUCCUGAUCUGAUCUCAGCAUCGUCUUGCUUCUGCAGAGGCUUUACAGUACAGUUGCGUUUCUGCUGCAUGUGAAAGUGGACAGUGGAGAUGUUUGAUAUCUUUCUCUGGGACUAAAAGGACUUUUCUUAUUUCCUUUGCUUGGGUAACAGUCCAGUCUGUGGUGGAGAGGAACUGGACUCUGUUCUGCUUUUACUGGUGCUUUUGAGAUGCCUCUUUUUUUUGUAGUGAAAUAAAGUGAAAGUGCUGUGUU